GUGGUAGAACAAUAAAGGCGAUGAUUUUAAGUGACAGGUUACAAAUGACAAGCACAAUGACAAGUGAGAACUGUCAAAUGAGACAAUUUCAGCAAAGCGGCAUUUUUGAAAUCCAUGGCCAACUACGCCCUUAGAAUCAUUUAUGAAAGCCCUGUAUAAACCGGCUCUUGGUGAAAAACAAUUUACGCGUUUAUAUCAAAAAGACACCAAGAAUCGCUGAAGAUGGCAGCAAGCACCAAAGACGAAGAAAUAUUAUCACGACCUUUGGGACACACUCUACAAGUGGGCCCAGAAAAUCGUAACAUUUUUAAACAAUCCAUUUUUUCUUGUAAUGUUUGGGUUAAGUGCCCCCAAGACGCACUCAAAGUCUUUAACGAUAUUGGAAGUAGCUUAUACGAUGUGCUUAUUGUACUUGAUGAUAUUCUGGACGGAACGAUACUUCGUAGAGGACUUCCUUCAGCCCAUAUGGUUUAUGGAAUUUCACUAACCGUACAUGCUACAGUCCAUAAGAUGUUUCUAAUAAUGCAAAAUGUACUCUGUUAUGCAGAAAACAGGAAGGACAUCGCUCUUGAUGACUUUGUUACGUUGGGUAUUCGAUUUUUCACUGGGCAAGGACUAGAAAUCCACUAUAGAGACUCUCAAAGGUGUCCUAGUUUCUGCGAUUUCAAAGUCCUAGUUCGUGCCAAAUGUACCAGUUCCUUCAAAUGGGGAGUCCAGUGGUUGAAACUGUGUGCCAAGAACGAUACAAUCGAACUGAGUGUGGAUCUUUGCGACAAAAUAGGUGAAUUUCUUCAGAUAUACGACGACUAUAUAAAUUUGCACAGUACUAAGUACGCAACCGUUCGGAUUCUGUGUGACGAUCUUGAUGAGGGAAAAUUCAACUUUCCUAUGAUUCAUGCUAUUCAAAGUCAUCCGAACGAUCAUCGUCUCUUGGAUCUGCUAAAACAAAGACCACUAGAUGUGGAAAGUAAGAAACUGUUUGUAGACAUAAUGGAAAGUUUUGGAAGUUUCGAGCAGACGCGGAAGGCAAUGGAAGAGUUGAGAUGUGGAAUUCUCGCCGACAUAGACAAAAUCAAUCUGGGGAAAAAUCUGUGUAUGGAACGAGUUCUUCAAAAUGCAUUGGAUAAUUUAGAAACGGAAAUUUAUUAUGAUGGUUGCGACUAAAAUGUGUUUUGCUAAGU